AUGAGUAAUAGAAUAAACGACAUCGAAAAUCAAUUUAAAGAAAUAAAUGAGAAACUUAUCAGCUAAAAAGAUGAAAAUCCUAAGGAAAUGCUGAAUAGCCCUCUAGAAAAUAUAAAUAUAUUUUCAAGAGUGUUUUUCCUAUGGGUUAAUCGACUGCUAAUUAAAUCGCAUAAAAAAGCAUUAAAUCAAGAUGAUAUCUACUAAUUAUAAACAAAAGAUAAAAGCCAGUAUAACUUUGAAAAAUUUGACAAGGCUUAUGAAGAUAUUUUGAAAGAUGAAAAAAUUAAAAAUAAAAUGAGAGCUACUUUUUUCAGAAUUUAUAAAAAGGAAAUUGCUAUUUGUAUUAUCCUUUACUUCAUCAACUAGUCAAGUUAUAUACUUUUAAAUCUAGUUUUUUAAAAAUUACUUGAAAGUUUUAUCAGUCCAUAACGUGGAGAGUCUUUCCUUUUAAUAUUAUAUCCUGUUUUGUACUUUAUUGGAGUUAGUGUUCUCUAAUCUAUCUCUAAAUCAAACUUUAACUUUUACUAUAGUUUACUUUCUGUCAGAAUCACUGGGGCAAUAAGCAUGAAGAUAUUCUAAAAAACAUAUUGCUUUCCUAUGCAAAGAAAUUAAUUUUAUAAGAUAGGAGAUAUAUUGAAUAUGGUCCAAGUUGAUAUAUUGCAGAUUGUGUAAUACAUUCAGAGUUUAUUUUAAUUUGCACUAGUCUUUCCUUUUAUUGGAUUUUCAAUCUAUUUGUGCUAUGAUUAAAUAAAAGAGUUUAUUGUAGUUUUAGUGAUGUCUCUUUGUUGUUUUGUAACAUUUGUGUUGUGUCUGAUAUUAGGCAAGUUUUAUGGUUCCGUUCAAAAGAAAUUCAUGCACUUAAAAGAUCUUAGAAUGAGAUCUCUUGAAGAGAUGAUGAGGGGAAUAAAAACUAUCAAAUACAAUAGCUUAGAAACCUUUUUUGAUUAGAGAAUUCAAUAAAAAAGAGAAAAAGAAUUAAAACAAAUCAGAAUUUAAAAUUUUCUUGUAAGCAUAAAUUCUUUUACUUCAAACAUAUCCUCUGUCAUAACAAUUUUGCUCAUCACAUUUUUAUUUGGUAUAAACUCUCUUGGGUAACUAAUUAUGAUUAAUAAUACUUACUAGAUUCUCUUGGCAUAUUUAGUGUUUGUUCCUUCUUAGAUACAAGGUAUUGUAGUUGGUUUCAACUCCAUGAAGAGAGUUGAUAAUUAUUUGAGUGAAUCUUUUGUGUAUUAGUAUUAAAUUUCAGACUCUGAUAAUAAUGAGAAUAUCUCAAGCGAUGAUUUCUCUAUAGAAAUAAAUAAUGGAUAGUUUACUUGGAAAAAUUAAAUUGAUGUUGACAAAAUUUAAAGUUCUGUAAAGCUUUCUAAAAGAGAGAGAUUAUCUUUAUCAUCUGUUGAAGAAAAUACCUUUUAAAUUAGAAAUUUAAAUUUGAAAAUUAAGAAAGGAGUGUUUUUUGUAUUUUAUGGAGACUUGGGCAGUGGUAAGAGCUCUGUUUUGUAAGCAAUGCUUGGAGAGAUGGAAGUUUAUGGAGGAUAAGAAUCAUUUUAGAAAAUGGUAAAAAUAAAUGGCUCUAUCAGUCUCUGCACAUAAGAACCCUGGGUAAUUUAAGACACUGUUAAAGAAAACAUUUUAUUUGGAUAACAAUACGAUUAAAGUAGAUAUGAAUAAGUUCUAAAAGUCAGCUGUCUAGAUGAAGAUAUUUCUUACUUUGUCGAUGGAGAUUCAACAAAUAUUGGAGAAAAGGGAGAAACUUUAUCUGGUGGUCAAAGGAAAAGGGUAAAUUUAGCCAGAUCAAUUUAUAGAGAAGCUGAUAUUUAUAUUUUGGAUGACCCUCUGUGUGCUCUUGAUAUUGGAGUGGCAAGUUUUAUUUCAAAAGAAUGCAUAAGAGGAAUACUAAAAGAUAAAACAAGACUAGUCUUUACAAAUAAUUUGGUUGGAAUGGAAUAAGCAGAUAGAAUUUUUUUAGUUAAAGAGGGAGAGAUCACUCAAGAAGGAACGUAUAAUCAAAUAAGGAAAAUUAUUGCUUAAGAAUAAAAUAAAAUUUAUGAUGGGGAAGAAGAAAAAAAAGAGAUUGAGUAAGAAAGGAGGUAGUCAGUCAAUAUUCUACAAAGUUCCAAAAAGCUAAAAAAUUUCUAAAUAUAAAGCUAAAAUCACACAAAAAAACUUAUUUAAACUGAGGAUAUUUCUUAAGGCUAUUUUAAAUUAGAAGUUUUUGUUGAAUUUAUUAAAAAUCUUGGAGGAUUCUUUUUUAUUUUUGGAAUUUUAAUAUUGAUAGCCGGUUAUAUAUUAAUUAGCUAUUAUUCUUAAAUUAUUGUGCAAGAAGUUAAAAGUGAUUCUACAUAGGAAUAACAAUUUAAAAUUAUGAUGCUCUAUUGUCUUUAUAAUGCAGUCAAAAUUACUUCUAUCUUUAUUUACGAAAUAUUCAUAGUUUUUAGGAUGGUUUCUCUUUCUAGAUACUUGCACAACUCAAUAGUUUUUUCACUCCUUAGAGCUUCAUUCACUAAAUUUUAUAACUUAAUCACAACUGGACGUCUAAUGAAUAGACUUUCUAAAGAUAUUUAUGAAAUAGACAUGCUGAUUUCUAAAGAUAUUUAAACAUUUAUUAGCUUAGUUGGAACAAUUGUUGUUUGUACAAUAACCACAAUGACCUUGUGCAAUAUAAAAACCAUUUCGAUUUGUAUAGUAUAUCUUUUUAUUUCUGCUCUCCUUACUUACUACUUUGUAACAGCUAAAAGAUAAGUCACUAGAAUAGAGGCCACAUCAAAAAGUCCAAUUUUAUAGUACUUUUCUGAAAUAAUUAGAGGUAUUUUCUAUCUACGUAAUUGUGUGAAGUAUGCUAAUAUAAAAGAUAAUUAUAAAGAUUAUGUUGAUGUUGAUUUAAGAAAUCAAGUGGCUUUAAAUGGUAUUUAAAACUGGUAUGAGUAAAUUACUGCAGUACUGUGUGUCAUACCUUUGUUAUCUGCCUCAUUUUUAGUUUAUUUUGACAUGAACAUGGAUGCCAACUCUUGCUUUAUAGUUGUAUCAUAAAUAUCAACGUUAUGCAGUACUUUUAUUUAAUUUUCCAAUUUCUACAUUUCUUACGAAACCCAUUUAGUAAACUUUGAAAGAUGCUUUAGACUAAAAUAGAAUGUUCUUUUGGAAAACUAUGAGACUGAAGAAGAAAAUCAUGAUAAAAAAAAUAUUUAAUUAAACAAUUCAAGUAUUUAUCAAUUAAAUGAUGAUAUUGAAUAAGCAAGCUAUGCUUCUAGGUAGUAGCUGAAUUAUUAACAAUCAAUUGUUUUUGAAAAUGCAUCAUUUUAAUAUAGAGAAAAUCUUCCAAACUGUUUAGUCAAUAUUGAUCUUACUUUUUAAGGUAGUUAAAAAAUAGGAGUUGUUGGAAGAACUGGUGCAGGAAAAACAUCAAUAACUCUUGCUCUAACAAAAAUUAUAGACUUAGUUUAAGGAAAUCUUUUAAUAAAUGGAAAACCUAUUUAGAAUUACUCACUAAAAGAACUUAGGGAUACUAUAAGUGUUGUUAGCUAAGAACCUUAUAUUUUUGAAGGAAGUCUUAAACAGAAUCUUGAUCCUUAUGGAACAUACUCUAUAGAAGAAAUAAAUAGGGUAUAUGAAAGCUGUGGUUUUUCUAAUUGCUAUUCUUUUUAAAAAGGACUAGACACAUAGAUAACUUUACUUGGUGAUAAUCUAUCUGAAGGAGAAAAACAAUUAAUCAGCAUUGGAAGAAUUAUCCUCAAAAAAUCGAAAAUUAUCAUUGUAGAUGAGCCUACUAGUCAUAUAGAUUUGCAUAUGGAAGAUCAUAUAACCAAAAUUUUAAAUGAAUAUUUCAAAGAAUGCAUGAUGAUUACAAUUGCUCAUAAAAUAAAAACUAUUAUGGAUUGCGAUAAAAUCUUAGUACUAGAUCACGGAAAAGUGCAAGAAUUUAACAACCCUUAAAUUCUACUUUAAGACAAGCAUUCCCUUUUUUCAGGAAUCGUUAAUAUGAUUAACGAAAAAUCAAUAAAUUGA